AUGGAUGCGCUGGCUUCAACCCUGGUCGAGCCGAUCCGAGCAUCUAUGCUCCUUGAUAUGGAGAGACCUAGCGCCCGUCGAAGGGAGAUGAAGCCGGAGGAAAGACCGCCCGCAAGCGAGAUGGGCGACAUCCAAAUUGAAGGCCUCGACCGGUCAUUCGCUGCUCUCUGGAGCGGCGGAAGAGUCGUCGGAGUUGGGUCGGCAGGUAAAGAGGAGGAUAAUUCACCAAAGAGAAAGAGACCACUCGCUUUGCAAACGCUCGCCGCAGCACUCCUCAACUCUCAGGUCCAAACCCGCUCAUCCCCAAUAGUGUUGCCGUCGAGUCCAGCUACAUUGCUGAAUGUAUAUCUUGUGACGCCUCAUACCUCUCAAGCCAUCCCGAUGCUUCAUGUGCUUCUGGCAAACACCAUGUCCAAUUCUCAAGCCGCGAUUGAACUUCUCAAACCUGUUCGACUGCUGCAGUAUUUUGACCUCGAGGGACUGGCAGAAAGCUUAGCGGAGGUCAGCCAAGAUUUGUAUAGAAGGACGCAAGCGAAUAAUGAGCCGGUUGGUGCAGACUGUGGCAACCGCACCGGGCUCGAAGAUAUCGUCCUGGUUCAAGGAUUAGGACAGACGGUGUCAGCCACGCAUCGUCGGAGUGGCCUCAUCCAAAGCAAUGCGUUGCUGGGAGAUUUGACGAGAAACAUUACGCAGAUUUCACGGAUAUCAAGACAUAUCCUCGUCCUUGUAGAGGUCGCUCUCGAGAUUGGUGCAGCCCACGAAGCUCAGUUGAAUCAAGCGGCACCAAGGUCUAGGAGGGCUCAUGCAGCCAUUGGAUUGGAAUCUGCCUUCGCUGGCUCUGGCGGUAAGUCUUUGAGGCUUUACUCGGGACAUGAAUUAUUAUCCAGGACGCUGGAGGCGGCUCUUGACUGUAUCGUUGUAGAGCAUGACGGCUUCGGCCGAGUCAAUGAAAGCAGGAGAUGCAACGAGUCCCGGGAGCAGGUGGUUGAGGUGGUCAAGGAUCGAGUGGGCGACCUGAUGGGUCUUUGGGAUGUUUGGAAGGGAGGAUGA